CCAACAUGGAGUGGGACUCUGAGUCGGUGAAGUCUCAGGACGUCUUCAAGCAGCCGGAGGUCGUUCAGGAGAGACGGGCAUUACCAGGGACACCUCAGAACCUCGGGGUGGUCCGGAUGCACGACUUUGUCUCCAAAACUCACAUGAUCUCUGUGAAGGAGCAGCUCUCUGCUCAGCUGAAGGAGGCCGAGGCGGAGCUGUCCUCUCUGUCUGCAGAGCUGAACACAACCAGAGACCAGAGGAGAGCGCUGGAGGGAGAGCUGGAGAGCCAGAAGGAGAAAACGAGCCAGAGCGCCUUCACCCUGAACGACAUGCAUAUGGGCAAACAGCAGCUGGAGCGCUCGGUGAAGGAGCUGAAGGACAAACUGGGAAGUGCACACGGGCAGAGCAAGGAGGCAAGGAGAGAAAUCACAGCGCUGAAGGAGACUCUGCGGGAGCGAGAGGAACAGCUAUCUGGUGCUGAAGCAGCGCUGGGUGAGGAGAGGGAGACAGGAAGUGAAGAGAAGCUAGCAGCCAAGGAGAGGGACUUGUCCGACCUGAGGAGGGAAUUAAAGGAGACGAGGAGCUCUCAGGAGAAGGCGCUGUCGGAGGAUUACGAGUUGAAGAUGGAGAACAGAAGGUUGAAGGAAGAGAGUGAGCAUGCUCAGGGGGAAAGUGAAGAACUGACCAAGCAGCAGAAGGAAAGCCAGGCGGCUCUGAGCAGGACGCUACGGGAGAAGGACACUCGCAUCGAGGCUCUGAAGCUGGAGAAAGGUCAGCUGGAGGGAGAGCUGGGGCAGGCGGAGAGGACGUUAGCCCAGCAGACGAAACAAUACCAGCAGACCAUCGAGGAUCUGAGCAGGGCCCGCUCCAUGGACGCCUCGGCUCUACAGGUGGAGCACGAGAGAGCCGUCAAGCUGAACCAGGACAAGGACCUGGAGAUCGCUCAGCUCAGGAGAGACGCCGAGCAGCAGGCGUCCGACCGCCGAGACGCCAACGAGAUGCUCUCCAUCACUGUCGCCGGGCAGAAGCAGCUGACGGACCUGCUGCAGGAGAAGGACGUCUUCAUGGACACGUUGAAACAGAACGCGUCAGAUCUGCAGAAGGAGAUGCAGAACAGCAUUUCGGCGGUGAAGAAGGAGGCGGGGGCUCUGAAAGUGGCGCUGGAGGAGAAGGAGAAACACCUGGGAGGCAUGAAGGAGGAGAACAGCCAUUUGAAAGAGGAGAUCGACCGAAUCAGGGAUCAGCAGAGCAGACCUCCACCUCUGACCGAGCCGCGGACUUUAGACAUCAUCACGGAGCUGGAGGCGGAGAUCGCGCAGCUCAAGGUGUCCAGGGACACACUGGAAGAGGAGCUGCACACUCUGAGGAGGUGCACGGAGGAGCUGCAGGCCUCCAUGCUCCUGUCUCAGCAGUCCUCACAGGCUCAGCAGACGGAGCUGGAGCGGGCUCACGCUCGCCAUCAGCAGACGACACUCAACUACGACCGGCUGAUCCGCGCCAGAGACCAGGAGGUGUCCCGCCUCCAGGACCAGCUCAGCGAGAGUGGAGUGCACUCCCCCGUCGUGCAGGGAGACGUCAUCCUGCAGGAGGAGAAGAGCCAGACUCUGAAUCAGGACAACGACAACGAGAAACACGACCUGUCCAAGGUGGAAAUCGACAAGCUGGUGAGAGGCAUCAAGGAGAAGGAGACGGAGAUCACCCAGCUGAACGAGAAGAACAUCUCGCUGACCCGACAGCUGGAUCAGCUGGUGGUGUCCCGGGAGGAGGCAGGAAAACUGUCUCAGAUGGUCCUGCAGAAGGACCUGGAGAUCCAGGCGCUGCAUGCUCGGGUCUCCAUGGCAACAGGGGGCGGCCACAGCCAGGACGUCAUGUACCUCCAGCAGCAGCUGCAGGCGUACGCCGUGGAGAGGGAGCAGGUGAUCGCCGUGCUCAACGAGAAGGCCAGGGAGAACAGCCAGCUGCGCUCCGACUACCACCGCCUCAUGGACAUCAUCCAGGGGAAGGAGGCGGCGCUGCUGAAGCUGCAGCAGGAGAACCAGCGCCUCUCCACCAUGAGCGACCCCUCGGGGAGCCAGGAGAUGUUCAAGGAGACCAUCCAGAACCUGUCGCGCAUCAUCCGAGAGAAAGACAUCGAGAUCGACGCGCUCACGCAGAAGUGCCAGACGCUGGUGACGGUGCUCCAGGCGUCGGGAGGGGAGAGCGGCGGGGGCUCCGGGGGCGUGAGCAGCAACCAGUUCGAGGAGCUGCUGCAGGAGCGAGACACGCUGAAGCAACAGGUGAAGAAGAUGGAGGAGUGGAAGCAGCAGGUGAUCACCACGGUGAAGAACAUGCAGCACGAGUCUGCGCAGCUGCAGGACGAGCUGAUGAAGCUGCAGGGACAAGUCUCUGCCGACAGCGACUGCUCCUCCAAGCUGUCCGUGGAUUACGCCGGGCUGAUCCAGAGCUACGAGCACAAGGAGAGGAGGCUCGGGAGUCUGAGUCAGGAGCUGGCUCAGGUGCAGCAGAGCAUCUCGCAGCUCAGCACCACGAAAGACGUGCUGCUGGGGAAACUGGACUGCGUCGCCCCGACUCCAGAAGGCGUAGCUGAUGCUCCGAGCCAGCACCCCCCCCCGACAUCAAGCGGUGAGAAACCGCGGGAAGAAAUCACCAGAUUGCGAAGUCAGUUAGCCGAGAAGGAACACAUGAUCAGGACUCUUCAGGAGAACAACCACCGGCUGUCCAACUCGGCGUCGGACACGGACAGCGAGCAGAGGAAUCAGCUGGAGGAGGUGCGGCUGGUCAAAGAGAGGCUGGAGGCCCUGCAGAGGUCCGUCAGGGAGAAAGACCUGCUCAUCAAAAGCAAAGGAGACCAGCUGGGCCACGUGAGUGAGGCGCUGCGCAACCGCGACAACGAUAACGAGGUGCUGAAGCAGGCCGUGACCAACCUGAAGGAGCGCGCUCUGAUCCUGGAGCUGGACGGGAGGCAGCUGAAGGAGGAGAACGAGCUGGUGGCGUCGCGCUCUCGAGAGAAGGAGUCCGAGUUCAGAGCGCUGCAGGAAACCAACAUGCAGUUCUCACUGCUGCUCAGAGAGAAGGAGUUUGAGCUGACGGCAGUGAGCGAGAAGAGUGCGACCGUGGAGAGGAUGCUCAAGGACAAAGAACAGGUGAGACUUCCCACUUUCUUUCUCUUUCAUUUAA